AUAUUCAAUUCAAUAUAAUAAUUGAUUUCAAUUCAAGCCCACUGCCCUGCCGGCCUCCUUUUUCUCCUCUCUCCAACUAGAAGGGGCCGAUUCCCUGAGGAUUCUGCGCCGCCGUCUCUGGUCUCCUGCAAAAAGCGGACGCCCCCUCCGAUCUCCUAGAAGAAUCUGAGGGACGCGGGCUGCUACUUAAUUACUUCUUCUUUCGGCCCCUAUCUUUGCGCUGCUUCUAGAUUUUGCUUCAAGAAAAGCAUAAACUAAGACUGCCAGGCCGAAGCUUUGUCUGGGAUAAUAUUGACCCACAAAAUUGUUUCUUUCUCAGAAUUCAUUCAAUCCCCUCUUUGUUUCAUGGGUUUUGUUGCUGAUUCACAACAGGGUUCAUGGGCUUCUGGGUUCAAGGGUUUGGUGAAAAGGAAACGGGUUGAUUCGAUUCACUCCAAGUCCUCCGGGUCUGGUCACCAUCAAUUGGCCAAGGCCUUGUCUGUGCCUCAUCUGAUUGCCAUAGGAAUUGGAUCAACCAUUGGUGCUGGAGUUUAUAUUCUUGUUGGCACGGUUGCCAGGGAGCACUCUGGGCCAGCUCUUGCCAUUUCAUUCCUAAUAGCUGGUAUAGCAGCUGCUCUCUCAGCCUUCAGCUAUGCGGAGCUAGCUAGUCGUUGCCCAUCCGCUGGAAGUGCUUAUCAUUAUUCAUAUAUAUGUGUUGGAGAAGGUGUUGCUUGGUUAAUUGGUUGGGCUCUGAUAUUGGAAUAUACCAUUGGUGGUUCUGCAGUUGCACGUGGCAUAUCGCCGAAUCUGGCCUUGCUUUUUGGCGGUGCAGAUAGUUUGCCUGCAUUCCUAGCUCGUCAAACUCUGCCUGGGCUUCAAAUUGUGGUUGACCCGUGUGCUGCACUAUUAGUUUUUGUCAUAACUGGCCUCUUGUGUGUUGGAAUCAAGGAGAGCACUUUGGUACAAUCAAUUGUCACAACAGCAAAUGUUUGUGCCAUGAUCUUUGUCAUCAUUGCUGGAGGAUAUUUGGGUUUCAAGACUGGAUGGACUGGCUAUGAACUUUCUGUUGGGUAUUUCCCGUUUGGUGUAGAUGGGAUGCUCGCUGGGGCUGCAACAGUCUUCUUUGCAUACAUUGGUUUUGAUUCAGUUGCCAGUACUGCGGAGGAGGUUAAGAAUCCUCAAAGAGAUUUGCCCUUGGGUAUAGGGGCUGCCCUAUCUAUUUGUUGCUCAUUGUAUAUGUUGGUAUCUAUUGUCAUUGUUGGUCUAGUGCCCUACUAUGCAAUGGAUCCUGACACCCCAAUCUCCUCUGCCUUUGCAAGCAAUGGGAUGCAGUGGGCAGCGUAUGUUAUAACUGCUGGAGCUACAACUGCUCUCUGCUCAACAUUAUUGGGUUCACUCCUUCCUCAACCUCGAAUACUGAUGGCAAUGGCAAGAGAUGGAUUAUUGCCCUCAUUCUUCUCAGAUGUUAAUAAACAUACCCAAGUUCCUGUCAAGAGCACAGUGGUGACUGGUGUAAUAGCAGCAACCUUGGCAUUCUUGAUGGAUGUAGACCAGUUGGCUGGGAUGGUCAGUGUGGGGACACUUCUAGCAUUCACUAUGGUGGCAAUUUCCGUGCUGAUACUUAGAUAUGUCCCACCAGAUGAGGUCCCAAUUCCAUCAUCACUUCAGGAGUCAAUUGAUGCGGUAUCAUCCCGAUACAAUUGUACCACUGAGGAAAUUGGAGUGGAAAACUCAAAAGAUUGUAGAAUUUCUAAGGGGAGCCCUGAACGUUGGCUAGGCAAGGGACAGGAACCAGUUACUUAUCCUCUUAUUCCAGGACGUGCAGCUGGCAUAAUAAAUGAAAACAGGCGGAAAAUUGCUGGCUGGACCAUAAUGUUUACAUGUAUAGGAGCAUUUCUCAUUACAUCUGCAGCUUCGACUGUGAGCCUCCCAAGCUUUUUUCGGUAUACCGUGUGUGGAAUUGGUGGUGCUCUUCUUUUAACUGGGUUGGCAGUGCUCACUUGUAUUGAUCAAGAUGAUGCAAGGCAUAGCUUUGGGCACACAGGAGGUUUCAUUUGCCCAUUUGUUCCGCUCCUACCUAUAAUCAGCAUUCUCAUCAAUCUGUACUUGCUAAUUAAUCUCGGAGCUGCCACUUGGACGCGUGUGUCAAUAUGGCUGGCAGUCGGCGUGCUGGUUUAUGCUUUCUAUGGGCGAACCCACAGUUCAUUACGAGAUGCAGUCUAUGUGCCCGCUGCGCGUGUGGAGGAAAUCUAUCAUAGCUCUUCAAGCUCUGAGGUCUAGUUGCAAAGCAUUGCAGUACAUAUUCAUGCAGCCACCAGCCGGCCUGGAAGAAAUUGUUGUCUGCUUGAAACUUGAGGCCCAUUGUUUAUAAUCCUACUUGCGGUGGUAAUCUGUGCAAUUAGCAGCAUAAUGUUGUAUUAUUGGUCCUUGACAAAAGGGUCUUUGUCAAGCAUGUAAAUAGUUGCACAUUCAAGAAAUGGCAUUCCUAAUCGGGGAUGUCCAGUAAAAAUGAUUGCCCCUGUUAUUAUGUUUGUCCCAA